AGAAACACCAACAACUACAGCAAUCUCAAGUGGCAACAAGUCAAGCACAGUCCCGACAGAACUUGCAAACACUUCAGCCACAGCAUUCUGGCGUCCAGCUGGCUCAGCUAGCCCAACAACCUCCUGCGCACCAAUUACUCCAGGCUCAGUAUCAACAGCCACAACAACAGCCACAAGUGCAACAAGCAUCACAUCAAGCUCAGUCACAACAGCCACCAGCCAUCCAUGGGCCCUACCAGCAGCAAGUAUCAGUAUCUGCGACACCGCAGCAGCCAGUGCAGUAUGUCUACUCCCAACAACAGCAGCCCCAGUUUGUGCAGGGAGCUCCUGUCUACACCACACCACAGCAAUACCAAGUCCAGCAACAGCUGCAGUACGUCCCCGCCAAGCAGCCAAAAUCACGAGUGGCGAGUAGUGGUGCAAGCCAGAAAGCAGCAGCACAGGCCAUGGCUCAGGGAUUCAAGAGCGCCUUUAAGAGUGUGGAUAAAUGGAGUCGGAAGUACAUGGGAGAUAUCCCGCAACCUGGUCAGGUGAAGCCAAUGAGCCAGGCCCAGGCUCAGGCUCAACCCGGACUCGCCCAAGCGGCCAAUUACGCAAACCCACCCUCCACGUAUGCUGCAGUUCCGGUCGCUGUACAGCCACAAGCUUUUGCACAGAAUCCUCAACAUCCUGGGCAGUAUGUCUUAUAUCAGCAGCAGGCCGCUGGAGGUGCACAGACACUUACACAACCAACGCAAAUCACCGGACAAUCAGGUACCACCCAAUUGAUGCCUGGUGAGACAGGUCCUGGCGGCCAAAUUCAUGGCUCCAACACUCACCAGCAAAUGCCCUCUGGCCCUGCAGCACCAUAUCAGCAGCUGGGUCCUGUACAGCCCGGUCACUAUGGCAAUUCACCACCAGCACCUGAACUCGCAGCUGCAUCGCCUUCGCCAGUCUCAGCGCCUGGCGCACAAGCGGCCCCCUCACUCUCUCCUGCUCCGCAUGCUGUCCAGCAUUCGUUUUUUCAAUCCCAUGGGGCUGGCCAACGUGGGGUCCUCCCAGACCAGCACGCUCCAAACCCUUCUGUUCCCGCAAGUUCUGCUCCGCAGCCACAUACAGUUACAAGCCAUGGUUAUCAUCAGACUAGUCCUCCGGUGGGAUCGUUGAAUUCUGCGCCUACGGUAGCCUUCCCUUACAACUCUCCCGGAAUUUAUCCAGGGUUCAUAGAUGUGCAUACGCCAGGGCACGGUGUUCCUCAAAACGGCGGUCCUGUCCAGCACAACCUAGCAACCUCGCCGAUUCCCCUACAAAGUGGAGGUGUGGCUGGAACUCCUCUCGCUACUGAUACCCGAUCACACAGCGAAGACCCUAACAAAACUCCAUCCAGCCAGGGUCUCGGCUCCAACGCUCCGAAAAUCGCAGCCGGUGCUGCAGCAGUGGCCUUGGUGGGCACCGCAGCUGUCCUGGCUGCCAAAGGUGGACAUGGCAAGAAACAUCGGCAUGGGCACCACGGUGGAGGCCACGCGCACGAGGAGGCGACAGAAGAAGAGGAACAGCCACCGCCGUCCUCAUCCGAUGAGCAGAACGCCGCUGCUCAGGAGUCUUCCGAUGCUGGCGGAGGCUCGGCUAACAGGGAGGAUACCCAGGACGCCGGGGACAGCAAGGCGGAGGAUGCACAGCAGCCCGGUGAUGCCGCAGUGGAAUCGAGUACUAAGGACUCAGAAAGCAACACGCAAGGGCAAGAGGAUGGAGCAGGCCUGACAGACGCGGCGCAAGGUGAACCCGCGGCUUCUGGCGAGUCACUCGACGCCUCUGGCUUCGAUCCAUCAGCUACAGGUGGAUUUUUCGAUCCAGCAGCUGGCUCUGGAGGGGCCAUGGGUUAUGAUCCGACCAACGAAGCAUCAGCAAGCCUUGCAACAGAGGCUGCAUUCAGCGAUGAAGCCGCGGCGAACUCGUUUUACCUGAUAGACGGAUCAACCUACACCACCACGUAUACAGAUCCUGCUGCUACGUUCAGCGGGGGCGCUGGUGAUGGUUCCUCGGUGAUGACAUACACGGAUCCUUCAGCUGGCGGCGGCUCAUACCUGCCUGUCGACAGUCAGUCCUACUACCCUGCUUAUGACCCGUUCCAACAAGCGCAGCAGCAGCAAGAUCAGAUGGCAAUGAUCGGCACGGAUCCAGGACAGUAUGCUGGUGCUGGCUUUGCCCCGCCGCCGCCGCCUGGCACAGAUCCGGCGAUGAUGGGCUAUGCCGACUCGAGCGCGGCGGCUGGUGACGGGGUUGGGGUCUAUGAUGGUGGUAUGAGUGCAGUCGAUGCUGGCGGGUACGCGGCCGUAGAUACGACCGUGCUUGAGGACUCGAGUGGUGUAACCGAGUCCGUGGCGGCUGCUGCCGAAGGCGGGAGCGGCAUUGACUGGGGUGGCAUGUUGGACUCUAUCAGUUCCUGGGGAUUGUAGAUCAUUCCAGCAGCAUGGACAUGGAUCUUGGUUCUACCGCAUUAGUUUUCUUUUUGUACGCACGAGUUUCUUCUAGCAUCGCAUACGCAGCAUGAAUACACGAGGACAUGGCACGAUGCAUG